AUGGAUGUGAGUGAAAGUCCCCUCCCUGAGAGCAUCAACCCUAAUAACUUCCCUGCCAAACUUUGGCGUCUGGUGAACAACCCGGUAACUCGAGCCAUCAGCUGGGACAAGCUGGGCCAGACCGUGGUCAUCGACCAGCAUCUCUUCGAGGAGAAGGUCCUGUCUCCCAGCAGCAGCGGCGGCGGCGAGUCGGUCAACGCGGACGCCUUCAAAACCACCAACUUCUCGAGCUUCGUCCGUCAGCUCAAUCUGUACGGCUUCAAGAAAGCCGACGCAACUGUAAUAGACAGUGACGCCGCGGACCACGUGCAGUAUCAUUAUUUCUACAACCCCAACUUCAAGAGAAACCAGCCUGAACGUGUCGCCAGUCUGAGGAGACUGACCGUCCACAACAAGGCCAAGAUACAAGCUGGUCUGGACGUGAGAAACCGGCCCCCGAGUCGAUACCUGCGAUACAGUGCGGGCGACGGCAGAGAUAAAGAUGGGAAAAGAGGCAGUUACUCUCUGAUGAGCCCCACUCAUCAGGAGUCCACUCAUCCUUACCAUCCAAACAAAUAUCAGGCCAUGACGGCUCACAAUGGAACCCCCGUCCCACCACGGUUCCUGACGAGGGGUCACGGUGCAGCUCUUUCGCCUACUGUCUUUGCUUCAGACAAAGGGAUACCUGUAUCUUUGAGCCAGCACUACACUGCAGCGGCCUCCAGCUCCACUGCCAUGCACAUUCAGCAAAGUUUAAUGGCCUGCGCAAACCACGGAAAUCCAAAUUUCACUUUUAAUGCGCAAUAUCAGCCUGGCUACUAUUCCCCACUUUGCCAGUGCUACCAUCCGAACCUUGUGGCAUCACAAAUGGCAGGUAGUGGGCUUCAGACAGGGUCCUUCUCUACCCACAGUUAUUACCAGGCAAGCUAUCCUGUGAAUGUGUUGUGUCAUUUGGACAACAACCAGGACUCAAAGAACAUGGAACACCAGGAGGCGAAAAAAUGUGACAUUAACUUGGACACAAUUUUCCAGAUUGCAGAUGAGGUGAUGCAAACUCCUCCCAAUAGCAGCCUGGUUAGAGUUGUGACCCCGCAGAAGCCAGGCCCUGUGUUAGUGCCGUUCUCCGCUAACACUGUGCUGUGUGACAGCCCUGCCAGCACCACCAAAGCUAACUCUUUAUCUCCUGGACCCAGUGUGGCUGUGACAGGCAGGGCUGAUCUAGUCACAUUCCAACAGCAGGAGGAAUCUGUGAUUUCACCGCCUGAGCAAAUGCCGGAAGAUGCCAUAUUCAAGGUUACCAUUGAUGAUGCAAAGGACACUGAGGUUAUAAGUGUUGAGGUUAACGACACUCUGACGGACACCAGUCAGGCCUACAACAGCACAUGCACACGAAGUCCAACAAAUCUUUAUAGGGCGCCACUUGCGCGUUGCUGGUCAGCGCCACUGCGCGUUGCUGGUCAGCGCCACUGCUCUGCCCCGCCCUCACUCUGCAAUGUGGCCUUCAGGUGCUACUCGGAAACUCCUCCUCCACUCUCCGACAGCACGCGAAGGCACCAGCACAGUGAGCAGGUAGAGAGCGUCAAUGAAUCCCAGCGACAGACAGGCAGUCCGGCAGGUAGACCUCUGGGACGGACUCACACCUGCACACCGUCUCUCCGCGGCAUCGACCUCUAA